AACCCACUGGAAGGAAGGAACAACUCCAGUUGCGCAGCUUUUAAGAGAUACCGUGAGGGUUUGCGGCUUCAUUCAGCGAGACCAAGAACCCACAGCUUCCGGACACAGUGGGACUGCAGCUGCUAACCAGGUUAAGAAAUAGAACACUGUCGGCAAGUCAGAAGCCACCAAGUACCUUCCAAAUCACAACCUCCUGUCUCUCUUCAAAGAGUCUCACUCAUUCACCCAGGCUGGAGUGCAGUGGUAUGAUCUCAGCUCACUGCAACCUCCACCUCCCAGGCUCAAGCGAUCCUCCCACCUCAGCCUUCUGAGUAGCUGGAACUACAGGCACCUAUGUAAGGAAAUCGUACCAUAAUAACUCGCCAUGGUGUAUGGAGUGCCAAGAAAGAACACAGUGAAAACCAUUUUGCGGGGCAGUUGUUAUAAUGUACAGGAACCUUGGGAUCUUGCACUGCUUGCAAAGACCUGGUACAUGAACCUGGCCAAUAUCAAGUUGCCUUUCUUGGAAGAAAUUUCAUUUGGUGGUUCUGUGCAGCUCACAAAAUGUAACACCAUUAAAGAUGGACUGCUCCCUUCUGCAGAAUCUAUCAAACUCGAAAGGGAGUAUGAAGUGAAGCGUCUUUGUAAACUGAAAUGUCAAGAAAAUACAUCUGAGGAAAUUCAGAUUCUCCUGAGGGAAAGGCCAGCCGGUUUGAGAAGACCUCUUCCAUCUAAAUGACAGUCAGCUGAUGAUUGAAUCUGUACUCUGUCUCUUGCAUCCAAAGGGCAUGAAGGUCUCUGGACCUUUCACUAUGUAAAGUUCAGGGCAGAUAUUUGAAUGCCCACUGGUGGAUGGGCCACUUCCCACAGCUGUGGGUUAGUGGCCAGCUCUGACAGAUCUUCUGAGUCCCUGACGUACUGUUGUUCCUUGUGUCACAAGCGACGGCACUGUAAGUAGAUGAAAAUGCAUUUGGAGUUGAGUUGUUUGUGCUAUUCAUUUUAAUUUUUGUAAAAUUGCACUAAAAGAAGAGGAAAUUUCGUCAGCUGCAUUGUUUUCAAAAGACAUCUUGAAUAUGCAUCUUUGAGAUCCCAAGGAGGGACCAAAAGAAGGCAAGAGAGAAAUUCUCUUAAAAAUGAUAAACCGAAACAUUUCAUUUGGUUAAGAAAAAUAAUAGGCUUCAUUUUUAAUACCUC